CGUUUGCUGGUUUAAUGAUGAAUUUCAAACAUCAAAAACUUGCGCCGCAAGUGCUGGUAACUUUUAGUGAAUUGCUGCUAUUGCUGCUCCUUUUUCCUGCCCAUGGAAUCCCAGCCCUAAGUUAAAAACAAGGGAAAUUGCAGUCGGUGCGCACCCAGUGUAACCAGCUAAAAACGGGAUAAAAUGGACAUAGUUGCCGUUGUCCUCGCCUGGCAGCACUGCGAUACACUAUGUGGCCACAGUAGUUAACCAGCAGGAAAACAAAGUGGAGGUGACGAAAGUUUGGUAAGCAUCUGUCGCACAUAUUUUCGCUUUUAUAUCCGUUUAUACGGGCGCGUUUUUAAUAUGAGUUACCGAGAAUGACGCGAAAAUGUUUCGUCCGCGGAUGCUCGAGUGGCUACGCAUCUGAAAACAGAGAAAGCACUUCUAAAGGAAAAAGGAGAAGAACUUUGUUUAGUACACCACGGUGCGAAGAGCUGCGGAACAAGUGGAAUGCCGCCUUGGCUCGCGAUGACCGAACGUUAUCUGCAAAUGACUCAGUUUGCGAACUUCACUUCCAUGAUAGCGACGUCGAAAAAUGUUAUCAAACUAAAAUGCCUGACGGAACUAUCCACAGGAUAGAACGUGGUAGAUACAAGUUAAAACCUGGCGCUAUACCAUCUGCUUUUGUAAUCAAACGUUCAGAGGAUGCUGAGGACAGAGCUACAAGUGUGGAGAAGCAAAUUUUAAAGGAGAACGAUACGAACCUGUCACUAAUAAAAAUAACAAAAGUGGAAACAGAGCACACUUGUUUGACUAAUUUCAAUGAAAAUUUUACUGAAGAUGAUUUGAUGAAUGAGCAAGUUCAAUCUGAUGAUGAGAACAUAUUUGAGGAAUUUAGCAAAGACCAUAAAAGCCUCAUAACAAAGACUAUGGAAGAGUUACCUCAACAAACACUAGAGAAUAGUAUUGAAAUGUGUCAAGAAGAUUCGAGUUUACCGUACAGCACGGAAAGACUGAAAUUUGACUUGGAUAAAUUUCGCCUGCCCAAGGGGUGGGCAUACAUAUUUGUUGGCGAAGGACUUCACUUAUGCCACUUAUCUCUAACCGGCCAACCAGAUUUAAACCUCCUGAUUGAUGGGAACAUGGAAAUGAAGAUUUCGACAGGUGAUAACAAAGCGACUUUGCAAUAUCCAGAGGAGUUGAAGUCCUUUCAAGAUUUUCUGUCCAACUUGAAAACGCUGGAGAUACUGGCAAAUUCGCCGUGUCAAGGAACUGGAUUUGACAAUUCGAGGGCAGUGCUAUGUACGGCCUUUUGCACCAAAAAGUUGUUGUCGAGGCGAUAUUGUUUUAAAAGGUGUUCCGCGUGUCGACUUUUGAGAAACCAGAAACUUAGUCAGGAAAGAUCGAAGCGCUUGAAUGAUAAUAAACAACAGAAGAGGGCUAACUUGUUGAGAUCGCUCAAACGUAAAAACGCACGUCUACAGGGAAAGGUGCUCAAAUUGAAGAAAAUUGUUGACACGGCUAUGAAAAGAAUCGCGCUCCUCAAUACCACGAUUAUAAAGAGAAAAAUUGGUGGAUUGAACGCCUCACAAGAAAUUGCACGAACAUGUUUCAUUGAAAAAAAAAAAUGCUAAUGUAAGUUGUAAGUAACUCAGUGAUUAGUUACGAACGAAAUGCCUUUGUUACAUAUAAAUAUACGUUUUAGUUCAUAAUCAGGAGAUAAUAUAGUCAUCAAGAUGUCAGAUGUGACUACCUCGAAUGUUUUAGAUAAAAUAUAACUUACGAAAAAACAGUAAUCUCUUGGAAUGAAAAAUUCUAGCAAAUAAAAAUAGAAAAUUAGCAGUACCAGAAGGUUCGAUUGUAAAACGGCAAUCUGUUUAUUUUUAUAUAUCAACGACAUAAAAAAAAAAUAUAUAUACUUUUAGUAUCAACAUUCCAAGCUAAGUAGCCACAAAGUUUCAAUACACGAUAAAACCAUUAUUAAUCAUUCUCAUCAGUUAUUAGAACGCAACCGAACUUAGAGUUAUUUUUCGACUACUAACUACACAAAAAUAACAUAGAAUAAAGAAAAAAACGACUGUCAAAAUCGGUGUAACAACAUGGACGGACUGAACUCGUGUCUUUAGCGUUCUCACUCAACAACUCUUGAAUAGUGAAAAUGAAAAAUUUAACAUCAUUUGACGCUGGACAUAGUUACCGAGUUGAGAUUCCAAAAUAUUAUGUGAAAGAAGCAUUUCACAGUGAAAAUUUGAAUUCUUUUUGCUAGCAUACAUGAUAUUGGUAAAUGGAUCUUAUAAAGCUAUAAUCCAACGUCUUUGAAAAAGUGUCUUGAACGUUAGUUCAUUCGUUCAAACAUUAUUUCGUCGAGUGUGAAAAUACUUUUUGUUUACUUUGCGAGCAGAUUGGUGAAAAGGUGAAUGAGGUUCGGGAAUUUAUAGUUCGUCAACUAAUAUUGCGAUUCGGUUGAGCAAUUCAACUUCCUGCAAUUACCAUUUUUGUUAGAACAUAUGAAUAAAAAAAAACGUGGCAAAGAGGAUAAGCCAUUCAAAAAUUCUCCCUCCAAAUUUGAAGUAAAUGGGAUUAGGCCGUUUUUGAGAUAUGGUCGGCAACACAAAACUUGCCAUCGAGAAAAAUGGUUGACCUUAAUUGUCAAUAACGAUGCUUGCUAUCAGUUGAUUCUGGUGAAAAAAUAUGCAAAUGCAGCUCAAUUUAUCCACUUUUGAAUAAAACAAACCCCAACCGAAUUAAACAAUUGCUUGUCGAGAUAUAAAUUAUCAAAAUUCACUCACAUUUUCAGUUUUCUACUCGGAUAUUAUACGUGUACUUAAGAAUAGUAAUAAUGGCCAUAACUAAUCUGCAGAGAUUUUUUGGUGUAUCAAAACUUGAAUUUUCUUAUCCAAUCUUUUCAGAUCUUCUAUUCUUUCCGGGGUAUCAAUUGCCGAGGGCGCGUCUCCGCCUCCGAUUGUUGAACACUGGUCUAUUCUGUCUGCAGCCAUAGAUUCACCCAAGUUUGUUAGGCUUGCAUCUCUCUCCACGUUAAUUAUACUCUCGGUAAUAUCUCGCGAUGCCUUUACCUCAGGCAGCGACAUGUCUUUUGUACUCUGAACUUUUCCAGGCGAGCAAGAAAUUGAUAACGUCGAACUUAGCGUGUCGGAGAGACAUGUUAUCUUGUCCAAUAUUCCUGGUGAUCAAAAAACAAACACGAAAUGUUACGUUGUGUUAAAUUUUCUUUUCUUUUGUUCCAUCAGAAAAGGUUUAGAUGAAAAAUUUCAAGUACUUCUAAUGUCGCAAACUACACGUAUGACGGAAUAAAUUGAAUAAAAAGGGCACAGGAACAAACACUCCUUGAAUAAUUCAUUUUCAGAAAAUAACAGAGUUUGAAAAACUAUCGAUGACUACUGUUAAACUGUGAAAACUAUUCCAAAGUGAAUUUAUUUCGUAAUAUUUCAAUUUCACCCCAAUUUAUGGACACUGGUAGGUUUUUCUGUAGUUUUGGAAAGAAAGUUUUCAACUAGGAUUAUUAACGUAAUUUUCGUUUGAAUUUAAAUGGAAUAAAGUGAUAAAGUUCAGCAAAAUCAAGAAAUAACAAAUACAAUGUAGGUAAACAAUUGAUGAUCAAACAAAAUUGAAUAAGAUUUUCAGUAACCAGUGAAGAAACUAAAACUGAGAAGACUUGAAUCUCUUGUGUUGAGCAAAAGUUGACUGAAUAUAUUCAAAGUAUACAGAACUCGUUCAAAAUCGUGUUGCACAAGAAGUCAGAGACUGAAAUUGAAGGAAAUGGCCUCUUAUAUUGCUCUAUCUGUAUGUUCGUCAUACAAACGGAGAAUAAUAAGAGAGUUCUCACUGAAUUUCGAGCAAUGACUUUCGAAGUAGCGGAAUGUUGAUUAAUUAGUCAGAGUGUGUAGAAAAAUGAUCAGGCUCGAAUAACGUUCAAAUUUCUAUCUUACCAGUCAAGUCGAAACUCUCCGAAUUCAUAUCAAUGUCUUGUUUUAUGUCAAAACUGUCCCUGCUAAACAGGUGCUGCCUGACAAUGGAUAAAUUUCUAGUUCUCGAUUGAUUGUUAGCUUCAAAAGUUUCCUCUGAAUUUAUAGAUAUUUCCUUGACAUCGGCUUUCGGUGUUUUGUACAUGAUCGAUCUGUCAGUUCGCAUCGUCCUGCCGCGUUUUAUGUAUGGAAUCAAACGCGACUGAUUAGUCGGUGUCCUUGGCGAACUGUUCGCCGGUUGUAUGGACAGAGGCUGCUUGUUGCUAUUGACUGAUGGAAAAAACGUUGACGAAAAUGUUAUUGAGGAGGCCGGUUGACCCAAAAUCGAUACUCCUUAGUUAUUUUAUUGCAACAUAGUUGAAUAUUGACUAAUUCUAAGAGUAUUAUAUCCGCAAGCUGUGAGGAUCUCUGAAAAUACGAGAAUAGAAAACACUGGAAUCAUAAAUAAAUGCUUAGAUAUCCAUGCUUUGUUUCAAAUCGCCUCAAAGUGGUUGAAAUUCUAGUACACUUGCUCAAUUUCACUCUACGGUGUAUGAUUCUAUUCAGAAGACUAUUUUCUGUAAAUCCACUGAAACUUUUAUUUCUAUCAUGUUGGCCUAGGAUUUUAUAACAGAGUUGUCCAAGCUUUUGUUUAUAAUUCGUGUACUUUUCUAUUUUUGUGUUUUCAAAGAGUUUUUCGUUACGAAUAAAAUAAUUGACUGAAUACUCAAUGUACGAUUAUUUCGUGAACAAUUUAAUGAAAAUGAUCAACUUCUGGCCAACUAAUUUCCUUAGAAAAUAAAAAAUGAACGUUAAAUAGUUAUAAUAUUAGGAAUACCGAGAAAA